CCUCAUUACAGCAGUUCAGACAACUGGAAAUGUUUUUAAAAGGUCUUAUCCUGCUUUUUGUGCUGUCAGUAGCACAGGCAACCUCACCCCAGCACAUCAUCCAUCCCAAGUUUCUGCACCUGGACUGGCCGGCAGAUUGCGGCGUUUCAUUUUUCCAACAAAACACAGCUGGGAGGAUUGUGUCUGGGAAUGAAGUACGCCCAUUCUCCUGGCCUUGGCAGGUUUCCUUGCAGUUUCGGGCUAGAGGAAGUAAGAAAUAUGUUCACGUGUGCGGUGGGACGCUCAUUCACAAAAAUUGGGUACUCACUGCGGCCCACUGCUUUCAGAAGGGGAAGGCAGAGGAUGCAGCCAACUGGAGGAUUAUCCUUGGGAAGCAUAACCUCAACCUUACAGAACCUACGGAAAAGGUUUAUGAUGUAAAGCGGAUAUACAGGCAUGAGCGCUUCCGCUACCCCCAUCUAAAUGAGCUGGACUAUGAUAUUGCUUUAGUCAAGACUGUGAGUGACAUUCUAACCACCCACUUCAUACAUUAUGCCUGCCUACCGAAGAAGGAAUUCACUCUGCGCCCAGGACACUUCUGUUGGGUAACUGGAUGGGGAGACACCAGAGGUGGGAAAGAAAACCUGACACUGUCAGAAGUCCUGAACCAAGCUAAGCUUCCCAUCAUUGACAUCAAGACAUGCAAGCAGAAAAAGUUCUGGGGAGAAAGAGUCCGUGAGUCAAUGAUUUGUGCCGGCUUCCGAGACAUUGGAGGACCCCCUGCUGCCUGCCAGGGAGACUCUGGAGGACCUCUUGUUUGUCAGAAUGGAAGAGAGAGAUGGGAAGUCCAUGGUAUAGUCAGCUUUGGACCCAUCGGCUGCACAGUGGAGAACAAACCUAGUGUCUUCACCAGAACUUCCUCUUAUAUUCCUUGGAUAGAGGCCACAAGGAUCCGUGAUUUCUUCCUGCACUGAAGGCAGGAGCUCUAGCAUGGCAGCUGCUCAAAUCUUGGAUUGUAAAAAGGGAUUUACAUUUAUUCUUCAUAGCAGGGAUUUAUCACUUAUCACAUGGCACAGCGUGUGAGAACAACAUCUUCAGCAAUGUUAGAUUAGUGUGCAGCCUAGUAGCUAUUUGCAGGCAGGAGCUGUCAGCACUGAUGGGAACCUGAAUCAAUGUCUUGUGUGUUGGCUAGGUCAAUGUUCCAGAGUUGCAUGACACUACUGACUACCGGAUAUAAUAAAUAAAUAAAUAAAUAAAUACAUAAAUACAUUAAUUAAGAUACUAUAAUUCAAAUAUUUACAUCUGUUUUAAACAAUUCUUCUGUAAGUUACAGUAAUGUCAGAUGUCAUGCCAUUAUAUAUGAAGUUUCAUACAUAAAAACUUAAUAGCAACUACAUUUUGCAGAUAGUUAUGUUGUUGUUGCUGGUGUUGUAGAGUUCUAUAUUCACCCGUAUAGUUCCACUACACGUAGCAGCACUACAGAUUUUGAGUCUGUCAUUAUGAGUCUGUUACUUUAGCAUUAGCAUGAAUCCCUUAGAUUAUGUUUGGUAUGUAUGACCAAGUGCACAGAUGAUACCACAUAUUAGUUGACAAGCUACAACAUUUACAUCCUUGUAUAAUUUUCAAAGAGAACAUCUGCUGAAUAAAGUAUUUCCAAAACCUGCCCAACUAACUGAAAGGUCAGCUUGGUCUUUCUGUUAGUUCUGUUCUUAUAUCUGCUAACAAUAAAAAGAAUUGCCUGGCGAUCAUUUAAAUCCACAUGGGCAAUAUACUAUGGGGUCUAUUCAUGAAGCAGUGAAAACAGUGGAAAAACAGACCUGUAUACUUGAUAAAGGCUUCCUUUUCUCCACGCUUUUCACUGUUUCA